AUGACGGUAGAUAUAAGCGAACUCGAUGCCCACGAGCAGCCAUCAGAGUACCUCAGGGCUUUAUGGAAAACAUGUUCGAAAGCAGACCAAGAGAGCCUCUUGGAUGGAAACGAUAUAGAUGACCUCCGUUCGCCUGCCAAGGCGUCAGAAUUUCGUAUCGCACGAACGAUUCCAGUGGACACUCUGAAUAAGAGCUUUGCGAUACUGGAUGGCCAGGACAAACCUCCAGUACGUGCGGCUGAAGACGCCAACGUAUACUAUCAUCCUCUUCUCCCUGGUCUCUUGAUCGUACCGUCCUUGAUACCCCCUGAACUUCAGAAAACCCUCCUCUCCCGCAUGGUCCAUGAUGAGUUGAGUAAUCCAAAGCAUCAGACCAACAUGCAUCUCCACUUCAAGCUUCCAUAUCCCGACAGCUCUGCCUCUUUUUUCACUCAUGAACCGGAAGGAUCUGCAAUGUUCGAGCCCAAAGACCCCGCCGUCCAUAAGCCUCUCACGGUCAGAAAGGUCAUGGAACGGAAACUUCACUGGGUGACGUUCGGUGGCCAAUACGACUGGACAAACCGGGUCUAUCCCGAAGAGCAGCCUCCAGAGUUCCCAAAAGACAUUGCAGGUCUGCUCGAGAGCCUGUUUCCCGAAACACUUGCCCAGGCUGCCAUCGUCAACUUCUACACCCCGGGAGACUCCAUGAUGAUGCACCGGGACGUGUCUGAAGAAACCAACAAGGGGCUCGUGAGCGUCAGCAUUGGCUGCGAUGGGCUUUUUAUGAUUUCUCCCAACGACAUUGGAAAGCUGUCUGAGGAAGAUAGACCCAAAGACGAAAAGACGCACCUUCUGUUGCGUCUACGGUCAGGAGAUGUAAUAUAUAUGAGCGAGGAGGCACGAUAUGCGUGGCACGGCGUGCCAAAAAUCCUCAAAGGCACCUGUCCCGACUACCUAGAGGACUGGCCUGCCGAGGAGGACGGCAAGUUCGCCGAGUGGCGCGGCUGGAUGAAGAACAAGCGGAUUAAUCUGAAUGUACGGCAAAUGAGAGACUAG